AUGACUAGGGAGGGAAUGGGCAGCCAAAACCCAACAAACAGUGAGCGCUUAAGGACGAGUUGGACCCUACCUAUGGAACGCUAUUUUAUUGAUCUUAUGUUAGAUCAGGUUCAUAGGGGGAAUAGGAUGGGCCAUACAUUCAAUAAACAAGCUUGGAAUGACAUGUUGGUCAUGUUUAACACCAAUUUUGGGUCUCCCUAUGAUGUAAAUAUCUUGAAAAGUCAUUACACUAGUCUGUGGAAGCAAUUCAACGAUAUAAAGAAUCUUCUCGAUCAGAAUGGGUUUUCGUGGGAUAACACUCGGCAAAUGGUGAUUGCUGAUAGAUAUGCUUGGGAUGCCUAUGUCAAGGUUCAUCCAGAUGCACAGUUGUACAGGAACAAAGCUUUGAUGACCUUCAAUGAUUUGUGUUUGAUAUAUGCGCAUACCAAAGCAGAUGGAAGAUACAGCCUUUCAAGUCAUGAUAUAGAUUUCGAUGAUGACAUUCAGGGAAUGACUGACGGUGUUGGAAUGAAUAGCCCUACCCUUGCCCCUGGCCCUGGCCCUGUUCCUCCCCCUGCAAGUAAAGUGCAAACAAAUACAGAUUGGAAACCACCCAUGGACCGAUUUUUUCUGAAGCUUAUGCUGGACCAACUGGGAAAAGGAAAUAAGACCAAUAAUUCAUUCAAGAAACAGGCUUGGAAAGACAUGGUCACAUUGUUCAACACAAAGUUUGGUUCUCAAUAUAGGAAAAGUUUCUUAAAACAGCUUUAUAAGAAACUGUUGAAGUACUAUACUGAUGUCAGAAGCAUACUUGCAAUUAAAGGAUUUUAUUGGGACGAAAAAGAACAAAUGAUAGUGGCUGAUGAUGAUGUUUGGGAUAAUUACAUCAAGGCACUUCCAGAUGCACGUCUAUAUAGGAAGAAGCCCUUGCUGAACUAUCAAGAUUUGAACUUGAUAUAUGGAAAUGAAAUUAGCAACGUACUUCGUAGUCAUUUGCAUCAAGGCACAAAUUCUGAAGAUGACAUCUUACAGUACAUGACUGGUGAAGAGAGGGAGGGCCAUUCCGUUUAUGGUAAUGGUCAUUUGGCUUCCUUCGAGGAUCUUGACAGUGAAGGCCAAGAUUUAAUGAUAGAAGGGGAAGAGUCAGAAGACACUCAGAUCCAUGGAAAUGAUGAUUUUUCAAGGACAGAUUGGACACCUCCAAUGGACCGUUUUCUGAUUGACCUCAUGCUGAAGCAACUGCAGAAAGUGAAUAAGAUUGAUUAUUCUUUCGACGACCAAGCAUGGAUAGAUGUGCUUGUGCUGUUCAAGGAAAGAUUUGGGUUACAACAAGACAAAGAUCUCUUGAGGAGGCGCUACAAAAGUUUAGAGAAGCAAUACCAUGAUACAAAAGAUCUUCUUGACCAGAGAGGGUUUUGGUGGGAUGAUACACAACAAAUGGUCACAGCGUAUGAUGACAUUUGGGAUGCUUAUAUUAAGGAACACCCAGAUGCGGAAUCAUACAGAACCAAAUCCAAGCCAUACUAUAAUGAUUUGUGCUUGAUUUAUGGAAAGUCAAAAUCAGGUGAAAGGUGCAACCAAUCAGGUCAAGCUAUGGGCUGUAAUGGUGAUGCUAAGUAUAACCAUAGCUAUCACUGUAGAACUGAUUGGACACCUCCAAUGGAUCGAUAUUUCAUUGAUCUAAUGUUGGAGCAAGUUCGCAAUGGAAGUAUGGUUAACUCUAAAUUCAGCAGACUAGCCUGGACUGAAAUGGUUUCAAAGUUCAGAGCAGAAUUUGGUUCCCAGCAUGACAAAGAUGUUUUGAAAAGUCGUUUUUUUAAUUUGAGGAAACAAUUCAAUGGCAUGAAAACUCUACUUGACCAGAGUGGGUUUGCUUGGGAUGAAAUGCAACAUAUGGUAACUGCUGAUGAUCAUCUUUGGGAUGCUUAUGUCAAGGAACACCCUGAUGCACGAUCAUACUGCAACAGAACUCUCCCAAAUUUCAAUGAUUUGUACUUGAUAUAUGGAAAUGGAGACAUUUUUAAAAGGGAGAGUACUUCAAGUCACACUAUGGAUGCCAUGGAUGAUGAUCUGGGAGUUAAUCUUGGGGAUGAAACUCAGAGAACAUUGUCUUCGGAAGAUGAUGUCUGGGAAGCUUAUAUCAAGGAGCAUCCAUAUACAAUUGCAUGUGCAAAUAGAAUCUUGAACAGUUAUAAUGAUUUGACAAAAAUAUACGGCAAUGGAGCUCGUGAUGGAAGAUCAAGUUGUUUCGGUAGGAGCGUGGAGAAAAUGGAGAAAAUGGGGAUCAAUAUGAUGUUUGGUGAUACCCCAGCCAUGGAGUAUGAAAUAUUUGAUCAGCAAAAGAAGCGAAAACCAGCAGCUUCAUCCACCUCAGCUAGUAAAAGAGCUCAAAGAAUCAUCAAGGAGGAGAUACAAGAACCCUUGGAUGAGAAACCACAUAUAGUAAAAGGGUUGGUCAGCGAUGAAGAGGACAAAGACUGCUGCUCAAUAGAACGCAUUGUUGCUGCACUUGAUACUGUACCUGGCAUAGAUGAUGAGCUCUUCUUGGAAGCUUCUCUAAUUCUAGAAGAUGAUAAGAAAGCCAAGAUGUUUGUGGCAAUGGAUGUUGCAGCUCGAAAGAAGUGGCUAUACAGAAAACUUCGCCAGUAG